AAUACCGGAGCUACUCAUUUUUCACACUUUCGCUCGAUUUGCUUUACGUAAUAAGCCCCCUGCUUUGAGUUCUGUCCAUAUAUUCUUAGGUCCAUGUCUAACCAUGUCUAACCGCCUUACCUCUUAUCUACUCUUACCUAUGUCUCCUUCAUUCCAAUAAGCUGUAUGUUAAAAACUAUGCCUUGUAAAUAAUUAUGUUUAUUUGUUAAACUUUAUAUGUAGUAUAAUUCAGUAUUAACUGUUUUACAACAUAUCUUAAUAUAUCGAUAACUCGGAUUGGUAUUGCCUCACUUGGAAUUCAGAGAUUUUAAUUAUUCUUGAUAUUGCAGAAGAUAAGUUUAUAAUUAUCGUAGGAAAGCAUUUGAGUGUGUAUCGAGUAUUGCAUGCGUUUAUCAUGUCUGAGGAUUUAUUACCGUUGUUUUUAUCUGGUAAAGUCGUGAAAGGAUUUGGCAGGGGGUCAAAAGAAUUAGGAAUCCCUACCGCAAAUAUAUCGGAUGAUGCAAUUAAUAAUUUACCUGAAGAACUUCAAUUAGGGGUCUACUUUGGGUGGGCCUCGUUAGAAAAUAAGGGUAUCUUUAAAAUGGUUAUGAAUAUAGGCUGGUGCCCAUAUUACAAAAAUGAAAAGAAAUCUUUAGAAAUCCACCUUCUUAAUUUUUUUGAUGACGUCUAUGGCAAGGAAAUUAAAUUCAUAAUAACCGGCUACAUACGUCCGGAAAAGGAGUUUUCUUCCAUUGAUGAGUUGAUAAAAGAAAUACAUAAUGACAUUAAGAUAGCUGAUGAAAAGCUUAACGAUCCAAAGAUGAUUGCAUAUCGAGAUAAUCCAUUUUUAUGAGUGUAACUUUAUAUCGGUUGGAAGUUUUAAUAUGAAAUAAAUAUGUUAUGUUAAA